GGAGGACUUGAACUUAGAUCUUGAUGAAGAGGAUAUUGAGAUAAUCAGAAGUAAAAAAAUUGUUAGUAAGGCCUUAUUCAGCUUGUCGAAAGAAGAACUUCAAAGCUAUAGACUACAACUGGGUCUGGCUAUUGCGAUUUCUGAGCUGAUAAAGGAAAUCAAAGGAACAGAAGAUCUUAAGAAACAUUUCGAUGAAAUCGCAGAAAAACUUAAAGAAAGACUUGAUCAUAAAAUAGAUGGAGUGAGUACUGAUACGGAAACCGACAAAAGUAUCAUUGUAGGAGAACGAGAUACUGAAACUACAUUCCCACUUAAACUGACAAUGACUACCCAAAGAAGAGUAUACAGAAAGUUUAAAUACCCACCUAGCCCUGAUGUUUCAGAAAAAAUAUUGCAAGAAUAUUUUAUUGAUGAAUGCAAACCAUUACAAAAAUCAAAAGAUUCAAAACUUGUUGUUGAAGACAUAUAUUCUGUCCCUCUACUGGCCACUCGAAAACCGGACUUUGUAUUCAUUGCUAAAGGUCAUCUUUUAGAUGCAUUACGUGUUGUAGCCAUUGGAGAAAUAAGAAAAUAA